GAUGAUGAGCUUUCUGGCCCACAAAAGCUCAUCACCUAAUAAACCAUCUUAUUAGUCUUUAAAAUGAUGCAUAGUCCUGUCUUUUGGAGACAGAAGGGAACUUGGUAUCAGGCUUCAAGGACACUAAGGCUGCUGGCUGACCCGGGCCAGCAUGUCAGUCUGGUAGUCAGAGGAACACCGGGACCCGGAGUCUGUACGUCACAGGUACGCAUGGUUGGACCAGAGCAAUGACUUUUACAGUGACCGUCUGCGACUGAGCAGAACGGAGCCAGGGUUGGGUUGGCAUCUCCACGGUGGGAAGUUUAAAUAGCGAUUGAACUGUUAAACCGUUCCCCAAAUGGGAUUUGGUUCCCAAGGAGCAACAGGCGGAAUGUGUCAGCACAUCACCUCACUAACAGUUCCCUUCUCUUCCCCACUCAGGUGCUGCCACAGCCCCCGCCAUGGACGAGGGCAACUGGACGUCCAUCUCCGAGUUUGUGCUCCUGGGUCUGUCCGAACAACAGGACCUGCAGCCGCUGAUCGUUGCGGUGCUCCUGGUCACCUAUCUGGUGAACCUGGCAGGCAACUCCCUGCUGCUGGGGCUUGUAUGUGCUGACCCCCAGCUCCGCAGCCCCAUGUAUUUUCUCCUCAGCCAGCUGGCCGUGGUGGACAUGAGCUUUGCCUCCAUCACCCUUCCCCAGGCUCUGGUGCACGCCCUGACCCAGCACCGGGCCAUCUCCUUCACCAGUUGCAUGGCCCAGCUCUUCCUCUUUCUGACUGUGGGCAACAUGGAGGGCUACCUGCUGGCUGCCAUGGCCUACGACCGCUAUGUGGCUGUCUGUGACCCGCUGCGCUACUCUGCUGUGGUAACAUGGUCCCUGUGCCUCAAGAUGGUGGCUGCUUCAUGGGCCGUGGUGAUCCUGCACUCCCUGCUGGCAACUGUCAUGGCCGCCCAGCUGCACUACUGUGGUAACCACCUGCAGCAUUUCUUCUGUGACCUGCCACCGCUCCUGCUCCUCUCCUGCACCCGGCCCCUUGCCAAUGAACUUGUUGCCCUCACCGAGGGUGUCUUGGUAGUGCUAAGCCCUUUUGCCUUCAUCAUGGCCACUUACACCCGCAUCGGGGUUGCUGUGGCCCGCCUGCGCUCUGCCCAAGGCCUGCGCAAGGCCCUCUCCACCUGCAGCUCCCACUUGAUUGUGGUGUUGCUCUUCUAUGGCACCGUGGUCUGGCCCUACUUCCGCCCAGACUCCAGUGAUGCUGAGGGGCACGACCAGCAAGUGACCUUCUUCUACACUGCGGUGGCGCCCGCUCUGAACCCCCUCAUCUACAGCCUGAGGAACAAGGACGUGGCUGCGGCCCUGAGGAGGGUAUGGAGGAGGGUGCGGGCUUGGGGCAUGUGAGUCCAGCCCAUGGCUGCAGUGCUGCACUGGGCAUGGACUUUCCACCCAAGAUAUGUCUGGGGAACCUUCCCCCUUAACUCCUCCAGGAUACCUGGGUGCUUUUCUCCUCAGACAUGAGGCUAAUGAAACUAACACAUAUGUGGGGUCACACCCACCAACACACACACAAGUACAGACAGCCCAAGUCUUUCCAUGGAAAAGGGGGUAAAUUACAGCAUGUUCUCAUGGGCAUGGCCACACUGAGUCAGCCCCAAGGCCUCUUGUAUUAAUUUAGUUAAUAUGCAUCGGCCCAAAGAUCUGAACUUAAUAGUAACUAGACUGGGUCAGUUCAAUGGUCCAUCUAGCCCAGUAUCCUGUCUUCUCAUGGUGGCAAGGUGCCCCAGAAGAAAUGAACAAAAUAGGGAAUUGCUUUCACUCCUAGCUUCUAACAAUCGGAGGCUAUGGACACCCUCCCUGCACAUUUUGUCUAAUGACCAUUGAUGGACUUGUCCUCCAUAAACUUAACCCAAUUCAUUUUUGAACCCUGGUAUAAUCUUGACCUUCAGAACAUCCUCUAGCAAGGAGUUCCACAGGCUGACUGUGCACUGGAUGAAGAAGUGCUUCAUUUUGUUUGUUUUAAAUCUGCUUCCUAUUACUUUCAUUGUAUCACCCUUAAUUCUUGUGUUACAAAGAGUAAAAAGCCUUUCUUUAUUUACUUUAACCCCCAAGUCGUCACUGUUCCAAGAUGAAAAGUCCCCGUCCUAUAAAUCUGUACUCAUAGCGAAGUACCUCGACCAUCUGUGUUUGUGUUUUCCUUCUCUGCACCUUCUCCAAGUCCAAAACGUCUGUUCUGGAACUGAAGGGGGAACAUUGGCACACAGGGGUCAAAGUGUGGUCGUGCCAUGGAUUCAUGCAGAGGUUGUGGGAUAUUUUCUGUGUCAUUAUCUGUCCCUUUACUAAUGACUCCCAACAUUGUGGUGGCUUUUGGAACUGUUGCUGCAUAUCAAGGGGAGAUGGGUUUGUCUAACAGAUCUGUGCUAGGAAUUCCCCUCCAGCUGAGACCUAAGCCUGCUCCUCUUCUCACUCACACUGACCAUCUUCCUGUUGGGCCUGGUGGUUCUGAUCUGGGACAAGGGCUCGCUCCACACCCCCAUGUACUACUUCCUCAGCCACCUGGCGCUGCUGGACCUCUGCUUCUGUUGUGCUGGGGCCCUGUUGCCUCUGCCGUGGGAUGGUGCUGGGUUCUUAUGCAGCGGGGCAGCCAGCGCCGCUAUGCACACCAGCCUGGCCUUCCGCCUGCCCUUCUACCAGGCCCAUGUCCUCGACCACUUCUUCUGCAUCAUCCCCUCUGUGCUGGUGCUGGCCUGAGCCAACACCAGCUUCAACCAGGCCCUGCUGCUGGCCAUUUGUGGCACCAAACAGAGUGUCACCUUGCUGGCCAUCCUGGCCUGCCAUGGGCUCACCCUGGGGGCCGUAGGACAGGUGGGCUCGUGCCGGGCUGCCUUUACCUACAGCUCCCACCUGGCAGCUGUGGCUGUGCACUAUGGGACCAUCAUCUUUACGUAUGUGCAGCCUGAAGGCAGCUAUGCCACACAGGCCGACAUGAUGGCCGCCGCUUUUUACACCAUGGUCAUCCCCACCUUUAAUCCUGCUAUCUACAGCCUGCGCAGACCUGAUGUCAAGGUGAUGUCAAGCUGGUUAAGCAGCUCCUAGACAGGUGCCACUGAAGCAGGGGCUGGAGGAGGGUGGCUAAGAACAAGGGAGAUGGGGAAUGAAGGCUGUUCAGGGUUUGGAAUGGCACUGUCCUACUACUGCAGUGUAGAUGCAACCCAUGCAGACUGUGGGCACAUCGGUAAUGCAUCUCUCCAAGUGACAGUAGCUAAGGUUCCAAUGACUCCCAUUGACCAGUGGUUAGGUGGGUUUAGCUAUGUCUGUCUGGGAUGUGGAUUUUUCAUGUCCCACAGCACUAUCGUUGAGUUGAGCUACCCUCUGUGCAGAGCCCAGGGAUGAGAAAAGCAGUCAAAGUCUAGCCAACAGCCCUUUUAGCUCUCUACUCCAUCUGUGAGCACUUUUCUUUCAGUCAUAUCCUGUCCUCAUUGGACAAAUGUGCACUGAGAGCCAAUGGGGAUGUUUUCCUGAAUCCAACAGCUGCUCUCAGACUGUCAGACACCAGGGAUGUUCUCAGUCCAUCAUCGACAAGAUGAAACCCCACUUUCCUGUCUCUGCAUUUCAUGCCAACCCCUUGCAAGCUUGGACCCUAGGAACAGGGGGACAGGAUUGGGCCCAUCUGUGCCUUCUCCUAACCCUUUGGAAUUGAGUGGUUUCCUCCAAAUAUUGCUGAGGCGGGGAGAAUUGAACAGUGAUCUGGAGUUGCACCC